AAAAAUAAAUUAAAUAAAAUUCAAUAGGAUUUUAAUUUUUGCUUGAAAAAAAGUAAAAGGAAAUAAAUAAAUAGCAAGGAAAUAGAUUUUUUUAAAAUGAACGAAGAUAUCUUUAAAUUUUUUUAGCAAGAAAACAGCAAAUUUGAUAAGAUACUUGAGGAUCCAAAUCUUUCAAUAGAAAAUUUAUUAGAUGAAGAAUCAAUCAUAAAUGAAUUUAGGGGAUGCAAUCCUCGUCUUCUUUAAAAAUUAAAGAACUACGACUUUAAUAAGAUGGUCAAGUUUUUAAUUGAAGAGCCAAGCGAGCAAGAUGACUAAAGAAGAUAGUUUAAAUAUCCCUACAUUUCUUGUGAAUUAUUAACAUGCAAUAUUGGAGCUAUUCCUGAGUAGUUUUUCGAGAGAGAACCUUUAACAAUAGAUGAUGAGCACAACGAUUCUGCUGAAAAUUAAAUGCUUUUAGAAGAUGAACACUCUCAAACUCACGGAGAGCAGUAGAAUGGAAUUCAAAUCAAAGAAAGUUUAAGUGAUACUUCUGAAGAAGAUAAUGAGGAGUUAAAUAAACCCAUUGGAAGAAUUUCAAUGACAGGAGAUUAGCUAAAUAAAGUAGAGUAAGAAAGAAUGGACAUCGAAAAAGAUGAUGAAGACACAUCUUCAAAACAUUAAAACUUCCAAAAUUAAAAUUUAGAAAUCUCAGAAUAGCAAUAAUAGGAAUAAAAACAAUUGCAAAAAUAAUAAUAGGAAUAAUAACUAGAAGAUAGCAAAAAUGAAAUGGAUAUUUCAUAAGAAAUGAAUAUAUCUACAGAGUAACCAUCUCAGCCAGGUAAAGUAGUUGAGGAAUAAAUUACUCAAAAAGCUGAUGAAUUAUUUACUGAUGCUAUACUUUAAGCGCAAGAAGAAAAAAAGAAGCAAGAAUAGCUCCGCUCAGAAUUAGAAUAGAAAUAUGAAAAAAUUCCUUAGGACAAUAUGUACCUAUUUGGUUUAUUACUCAGCUUUUUUGAAAGUAACAAGGAAGUUAAUAUUACUUUAGCUGGAUAUGUUGCUAAAGUCUUCUUACAUCUAUUUGGUUUAGCUAAAAAUAAAAACAAAGAUAUAGAGGUAAUUGAAUAUUUGUACAAAAAUGAAAACAAUUUACUAAAUAUGACCAAAUAAAUGUAGAGCAGAUCUUGCUCAGAUAUUUUAGUUAAAUCUAUCAGCUUUACUAAUUAAAAAUUGAAAGAAAAGUUUCUUAACAUAAAAUUGAAAGUUAUAGAUAAGCUAAUUGAACUAUUAAGUGAUGAAAACAACGACUUGGAAGUUUUUGCUAACACUGUUCUUUGCUUUUAAGAAUUGAUUAGUUAUUACACUAAUUAUACCGAUGGUAAAUAGAUUGUCGAAUAUGUUAUUUCUCAGCCUAUUUUUAGCAAAUUACUUAAUAAUUCGACUUCACAAAACGCUAAAAUAGCAUACCAUAAUGCUAGUGUAGUUUGUAUUAUUAUAUAGCUCUUUAAUGUUAUUGAAUCAAGAAGAAGUGAUGAAGAUGAACCUUCAUUCCAAGAAUUUGAUAUAGAUUACAAUGAUGCUUUAUAAUUAUUUAGCACCUAUAUUAAAGCUACUAUAGACUACUUAAAAAAUUACUAAUAAGAUGAAACAAUUAAAACAGUUUAUAGAUAAGAGUUAAAACCUUUAGGUUAGUCUCGCUUAAAAAUUGUUGAAAUAUAUUGUGUUGCUCUUAAAUAAAGUAAUUUUUAUGUUGUUUAAGAAAUGGCAUAGCAUAAUCUUCAUGCAGUGCUAUUAGAAUUAUUCUUGAAAUACGAAUGGAAUAAUAUGCUCCAUACACUUGUUGAGAGAGUUAUAAUUUAGUCAGCAUAAAUUAAUUCUCAUGCUAUGAGAAAAGCCGUAUUUACAGAUGCAAAAUUAAUCAAUUUCUUAUUAGAAGCUACCAAGUAAGUAGAUUCUGAUAUUGCCAGUGAUGCACCUACAAAAGUUAAUUUCAGGAAAGGAUAUCUAGGACAUGUGACAAAAAUAGCUAAUUUUGUUCAAAGAUUAUGUGAAAAUAAUGCUGAAAUUCAAGAAUAUGUUGAUCAUGAUUUAUGGGGCUAGCUGAGAGAUAGCUAUCUAGAUUAAACGAAUUAAAAUAAUAAUAGAGAACUUGGUGAUCAUGCUAUGAUUUAUCAUGAUUAACAUUCAUCUUAGCUUCAUUGCAGUUAUGAUAUUGAUGAUAUUAAAUAAAAGUCUGAAGAUUUUCUUUUUGGUGUACCAUAUCAAAGUGAGCAAAAUAAAUUAAAAGAAGAGGAAAACCAUGAGCACAAUAUUGAAAAUAACGAAGAUGAACAGGAGAAACCAGAGUCAGAUGAAAUGUUUUUUAGCAACAUAGCAAAGAGCAUUUAAGAUGAUGACAAACAAGAAGAGGAAAAUAGAUAAUAAGAAUAGCAGCAUCUCGAAGGAUUUGGUUUUAGUGAUCCAUUUUUAAAUAACUAUUAAAUGACAACUUCUUAAGAAAAGACAAAAGGUUUUGAUGCUUUUGAGUUCUUCAAUGUGUAAAAUACAAAUUAAGAUAAUAGCGAAUAACAGAAAUAAGAAGAUAUAUUUAAAAGUUUUGGGUUUACAAAUUCUCCUUAAUUAUCUGCUUCUCCAAGCCCAAAUGAAAUUUAAAAUGAAGAUCAUGAUUUAGAUAAAUAAUAGACAUAAUAGCAGUAGUAAUAGUAAUCAUAAUAAUAGUAACAAUAACAAAAUUAGUAACAUGAAGAUAGCCAAGAAGAUUUGAAUAAUUAAAAAUAACAAUAAUUUAACUCUGCUUUUGCUGAUUUUUGA